AAAAAGGAGGAGGGUUCACUUGUCAAGAAUGCCUUAGAAGAGUUGUGAAAACAGCCAGCCCGAGGAGGGGAGUCAUGCAGUCGCCGACGCAGCUCUCACACGCCGAGCCACAAGCCAGUCCGAUCCUUGAGGGAGAGAGGUGUGCGUGAGUGUGAGGCAGAGAAAGUGCGAGCGUGAGUCGGGACCGGACUCACCGGAGGACGUCACACACACACACACACACACACACUCCCACAGAGAGAGGGAAACACGCUGUCAACGGAAGGCGUCCAUCCUCCCGCGUUGUGGGCUGUGGAAAAGUCAACAGCCUCUGACAGAAGUGAGUAUCUCUGAGGUUGAUGCAAUGAGACCGACGGUGAUGUGCAUGUAGUCAGUCGAGGUGGAUGUUCCUCACUGAAGACAGAGACACAGAAGUCCAGCCCCAACUUGCUUUCUGAGGAAGGUCACGCUCCUCCAAGUGGAAGAGACUGCUACGCGUCAAGUAACGGUUGUGUGAAGUGUUUUUGCAUCACCAUGGAUCAGCCAGCCAGCAGCUGCAUGCGGAGCGCCCAUCCCAGCAGCCCCAUCUGGGGCUGCAUGAGGAAUCCUCACUCGGGGGUCCCGGGGGCCAACCUGCAGUCGCCCUACCAGCAGGCCCCGUUCCCCCUGCACCAGAAGCCCGAGUUCCUGGCCUACACGGACUUCUCCAGCUCCUGCCUGGUGCCCAGCGCGCCCCACGCGGCCUACCCCCGCGACGACAGACUGUACCAGGAGAGCCAGGGGGGGUACCAGAGAGCCGAGUGGCAGUUCAACCCCUGCGAGACCCGGGUGAGGGCGCCGGAGCCCUGCCCGCCCGUCGCCCCCGCGGUGGUAGUGGGUGGCGGCGGGGGUGCGGGGCACGAGCUGGACAGUGUGGGGGGUGACAGGCUGCCGGGCAGCGUUCCCGGAUGCCUGGAGGGAGAGUACUCACCCCAGAGUGUGGUGUCGGCCGACUCGGACAAAAAGAGCUCCAACAAGAGGAAAAGAGAUGUUACAGACAUCCAGGAGUCCAGCUUUAAGGUGGACUCCAGCUGCAAGGCCCGGAAGGAGCGCACCGCCUUCACCAAGGAGCAGCUGAGGGAGCUGGAGGCGGAGUUCACCCACCACAACUACCUGACCCGGCUCCGGCGCUACGAGAUCGCCGUCAACCUGGACCUCACAGAGAGACAGGUGAAAGUUUGGUUUCAGAACAGGCGGAUGAAGUGGAAAAGAGUGAAGGGAGGACAGUCAGCUUCGCCCAAUGACCUAGAAAAUGACGACAUAGACUCAGCUGCUUCACCCAGCUCCGAAUGAAGGAUGCAGGCACUGUGAGGAGGAAAAUAGGAAAAAGGAUGCAACUGUUCAACUGGACGCCCUCACAACCUUUUCUUCACUCUCGUGGGAUUUUUGGAUGAAGACACCAAAUUAUUGACACUUUUUUUAUUUUUAUUCCCAGGAUGAAAUCUCUGCAGAGCCUUUGCUGUUUUAUGUUGUACAUAGUUGAUUGCGUCCUCGAUGAACUGCAUUUUGACGUUAUUAAUAGGAGCCCCUCUGUUUUGGCAUCGACUGUGUUUGAAUAUCGACAUCUUUGUUGGAUUAGUGACAGAGUCCAUACAGCAGCUUUCAGGCUAGUGAUGACAUAUCAGACUGUGAUGUGAUUGUGUUUGAGUGCAUCACUUUUUGCUCCCAGUAUUGUAAUCAUGGCCUUUGACGCUUGACUACAACCACCUGGAGAAUCUCAGACUGCACACAUGUUCCCAAGCUGCAACUGCCUCUGUUAAGAUCUCUCUUUUUUUAAAUAUUAUUAUUUUGUCAGUUUCUUUUAUUCCUUGAAUUUUUUCUGUCAAGCGUUUUUUUUACUACUCUUUUUUAAUACAGUUUGAAUGUUAUUGAUAAAACACAGAUGUUGACUGGUUCUGCAAAUAGAAUAAAUCAUAUUCUGUAAAAAUAGGGGAACAUAUCUUGAUAAUUUCUUCCAACUGCAAAAACUGAGUAAAGACUGGACAGCAGGUACAGAGCAAGUCUGUUCUUCACAGACGAACACAUGUGGAGACCUUUUGGUGAGAUUUUAUGUGACUGCAAUUGCUAAAACAAAAUAAUUAUGGAUUACUUUGCUUCCAUUAGCUUUUGUUGUUGGCAAGUGAAAUUAAAGGUUGUGAAUAGUG